UUUUAAAAAACGUUCGCCUCCCGCCGAGAGCAUGAAUAUUCAUCGGGAUAAAAAUAGCCCCAUGUGACAGACGACAACAUUGCGAUCGAAGCUGUCCUUCAACAAAGAUCAUGUCAGCGGUUGGUGUUGGAGACGACGAUGAUUUGGGGGAGUCGGACUUCGAGUCGGACAUAUCAGUCGAUUCUCUCGAUUCCGACUCCGAGUCCGACUCCCAGGAAGAGAUAAGCGAUCAUGAGACUGAAGAAGAGGCAGGGGCCAAACCAAUGGUCCGUGGCCCCUGGCUGCCCGUGCUGGACACGGACAGCUUUGACCUCGGCAACAGCAUUGACUUUGCCGAGGAGUGCGGCCCUGUCAACCCUCCAGAUUACCAUGCCCCUCCUAUAAGCUAUUUCGACCAGCAACUCAGAGGAGGGGAUGGAGGUGUUGAUUUGUUCGACCUGCUGGUCAGGGAGACAAACAGGUAUGCUGAGCAGUACCUGCAGGGCCGCACUCUAUCACCGCAGAGCAGGGCUCGGGCGUGGAGACCCGUUGACCGGGAAGAAAUGCGGGCAUUUCUUGGACUCUUGUUGGCCAUGGGUGUCGUCAGGAAGCCAACCAUCGCUUCCUACUGGAAUGAGGGGGACAAGAACUGGCUGGCAUCAACACCUUCCUUCGGGGGGAUCAUGCCGAGGAAUCGCUUCCAAGUCAUCAUGCGGUUCCUCCACUGCAACGACAACUCUGUUGCAGUGCCCCGAGGGCAGCCAGAUCAUGACCCCCUCCACAAGAUCAGGCCGGUUCUUGAUCUUGUGAAUGGAUCAAACUCUCAUGUGAGAAGACAGGGUCCACUGCUGGCAGUGCUCUUUUCAGACAGGAAGGUCUUCACAAUCCUUUCUACCAUGGGUAGUCCAAGAAUGGAGGAUGGGCUUAACUCACGGGGCCGGUCUGUCACUCUCCCCUCAGUCGUUUGACUGUACAACACCCUAAUGGGGGGAGUUGACCUUGGGGAUCAACUCAUUGGUGUCUAUGAUCCCCAAGUCCGCUCCGUGAAGCUGUGGAAGAAAGUUUUAAUCAACUUUCUUCUCACAGCAUCAGUUAAUGCCUAUCAGACAUUCUUGAACACCCAUGGUAGAACGACCUCCCGUCUGGACUUCCACAUGUCCCUUCUCCACUCACUCGUCGGGAACACUCAGGUGAAGAGGAGGACUGGCAGGCCCAGGACCCAGCCUCCUUCCCGACGACUGACUGGACGUCACUUCAUAGAAGUGCUGCCUGAAGGGAAGAGGAAACAGUGUGUUCUCUGCAGAAAGAGACAGAGGGCCAUCGAUGGCUCUGCAGGAAAGGUCAGGACCUGGUGUCCUGACUGCCACAUUGGCCUCUGUGCACGCUGUUUCCGUCAGUAUCACACAGCUGAUCACAUUGAAGAGUGAAAGGCUGUGUGUACUGGCAUAUGAUGGAACAUGACUCAUGUUCCAUCAUAUCAACCCUUCAAGCAGUUUCCCCAUCUGUGUGCUUCAUUGUAAAUAACUAGUGAGUGAGUAGGACUUCCCACUGCAUCUGCAAUAUUCCAGCAACAUUGCAGCGAAUCUUUGUAAAUACAUGAUAAAUAUAUUGUAUAUAUGUACUUAUUGUAAAUAUUUCAUAUGUGUGUAUAUAUAUUAAAGGAUGUUUUUGUGAAAGAGUAUGACCUAACGCCGUAUUUGCAAUAUAACAGCAACAUCAUGGCGAUUUUAUUGUAAAUAGAUCAUUGUCUAUUGUAUAUGAUUAUGUACUUAUUGUAAAGAAGUGAGUUUGUUUUAUGCCUCUUUUAGCAAUAUUCCCGCAAAAAUAUGGCAGUUUAAGGUACUUAUGUUCAUAUUAUGUUCUCUAUUUAUUGUACAUGUAAUUAUUGUGUGUAUGUAAGGAUCUGUUUAUGAGUAGGACUUCCCACUGCAUCUGCAAUAUUCCAGCAACAUUGCAGCGAAUCUUUGUAAAUAGAUGAUAAA